AGUUGAAUUUUACAUUACGAGAUGGAUUAGAAGCUGUGCGCAUUCUUUUGCUUGAGGGAUUUGAUAAAAGUGCAACAUUUGUUAAUAGUGCCAAAAAGAUAGAGCAAACAGGACGCAUGGGCCAUGUUGGAUUGUUUCCGACAGAUCUGAAGGGCCCAAAGCAAACUGUGAUAUGAAACCCGCCAUCAACGGAAACACGAAAAGAAGCCCUUGUUCUUUCUGCACUCUUGAGUCCUUCCCAAGCUCGUUUCGUUGGAAAUUGGAAUUCAUUCUCUCCCCGAGUCAGAGUCAUGUAUGGCGGUGACGAAGUAUCAGCAAUAGUGAUAGACCUGGGUUCCCACACUUGCAAAGCCGGUUACGCUGGCGAAGAUGCUCCCAAGGCCGUCUUUCCCUCUGUUGUUGGUGCAAUUGAUCAAAUGGACAUUGAUGGAACUGCUGAUAUUAAUGAUGAGAACUCUGACAAAACCAAGGGAAAAUGCAAACUUUAUGUAGGAUCUCAGUCACUAGGAUACCGCAGAGACCAUAUGGAGGUGCUGUCACCCUUGAAGAAUGGAGUUGUUGUUGACUGGAAUAUUGUAGAUAACAUAUGGGAUCAUGCUUUGAGGGAAUGCCUCCUAGUCGACCCUAAAGAACGUCCAAUGCUACUUGCCGAACCAUGCUCCAACACUCAAGAACAGAGAGAAAGGGCAGCAGAACUUAUGUUUGAAAAAUAUAAAGUACCAGCGUUGUUUUUGGCGAAGAAUGCUGUUCUCACAUCUUUUGCAUCAGGGCGUGCUACCUCAUUAGUUGUUGAUAGUGGUGGUGGAUCAACUACUGUUGUACCAGUACUGGAUGGUUAUGUUCUUCAAAAGGCUGUGAUAGCUUCUCCUAUUGGAGGAGAGUUUCUGACAGAUUGCUUGAUGAAAAGUUUGGAAGGCAAAGGUAUCACAAUAAGACCUCGAUGUUCAUUCAAGAAAAAGGAAAUACAUCCUGGAAAUCUUCAGACUGUAGACCUUGAUUUUCCACAUACAACAGAAAGCUACAAACUCUACUCCCAGAGGGUGAUUGCUAGUGACAUCAAGGAAUGUGUUUGCCGAACACCAGAUUCUCCAUAUGAUGAGAGAGUAUAUUCUAACAUUCCUAUGACUCCGUACGAGCUUCCUGAUGGCCAGAUUAUUGAAGUUGGAUCUGACAGAUUCAAGAUUCCUGAUAUUCUUUUUAAUCCAUUAUUGGUUCAGACAAUCCCUGGUAUGGAGAGUUUUGCAGAAAUUGCUCCUUCAAUUCGUGGUCUUCCAAAAAUGAUUAUAGAGAGCAUUAAUAAGUGUGAUGUGGACAUUCGUAGGGAACUAUUUAGUACCAUACUGCUUACUGGUGGUACAGCUUCAAUGCACCAAUUGAAGGAACGCAUUGAGAAAGACUUGCUAGAGGAGUCCCCUCAAGCUGCUAGAGUAAAAGUAUUUGUCAGUGGAAAUGCAACUGAAAGAAGGUUCAGUGUUUGGAUAGGGGGGAGUAUACUGGCUUCUCUUGGCUCCUUCCAGCAGAUGUGGUUCUCCAAGUCCGAGUAUGAAGAGCAAGGUGCUUCUUAUAUCCAAAGGAAGUGCCCUUGAGUUUUCUAACGGAUGUGAAUACUUGUGUUUAUUUUCUUACCAUUAUUGGGAACCCGGGAGUUUCAGGAAGUCCAAUGUUGACCACUAAAUUAGUGCCCUUGCCAUCAAUGACCUGUUUCGAAGUCAUGCCAUUCUCAUCAGUGUUUUACUAGGCGGUUAUAACUAUUGUCUAGAUUUGAUAUAUUGACAGCUUCUUUAUCUGCUGUCGAGGUUGAUAUAACUAUACUGUCUGUAAUUGGCACGAGCUCAUUUUCUUAUUCUGCAUCACACUGCAUGACUGCAUCCCCUUCCCAUAUAGUGUAACGAAGUCUAAGUUAAUUCCUGUUAAGUCUGGAUAGUGAAUAGCUAGCUAUUGGCGUUGCUGCACCCUAUUGUGCUUAUUGAUGCCAAUAGUGUUAGUGUUCGAGGCAUUAGUUGGUGACACUUUAACAAAGCUAAAUGACGUUGUACCGUAGUUUGGUUGAGGCAAAUGUAUGCUACAAGGGCGACGGCUAACGUAGUCUCUCAAUGUGGGAAA